AUGCUGACUCAUCAUGACCUCGCUCGCUAUGAUGAUGUUUCCAGCACCGGAUUUCUUGCUAAGGCGGCUUCAUCUGCCGCAGCGCGACUUGACUUCUUGAGACUUACUACGUUCCUAGAGAUACUCUUUGCAUCGAAGUUUGCCUGCCUACUAUCCAUAAAGAUGGCUUCUGAGAUGGAUAUCGACCAGCCCGCCUCGGACGACCGCGGACCGUCCUUCACAGGCAAGGAGACACGUACCCGCGCCGGUGCAGUCGCCGUUAGAAGCAUAGAGGGAUGGAUCGUUCUAGCGACCAAUAUUCACGAGGAAGCUACAGAGGAAGACGUUACCGACUUAUUCGCCGAUUAUGGAGAGAUCAAGAAUUUCAACUUGAAUCUGGAUCGUAGGACGGGUUAUGUGAAGGGCUACGCGCUGAUCGAAUACACGACUCUCCCCGAAGCGGAGGCCGCUAUCAAAGCUCUCAACGGCACAAAGCUGCUCGACCAGACCAUCGAAGUUGAUUUUGCCUUUGUGCGAGCGCCGGCGUCUAAUAAGGGCAAAUGGGCCGGUGGCAACGGAAAUCGCGGCCGGGGCACCCGGGGAAGAAGUCGAAGCCGAGAGCGAAGUCGCAGCCCCGAGGCAGACAAGGCUUAA